AUGAAUUUGGUGCCAUCAUCUGAUUUUCUAUCAACACUUCUUGAUAACAUGGACACACUAACUGCACCUUCUUUUUCACCCUUUCUGAUCUCACAAGAAGAUAACGAUAUACAGUUUUCACCUUUACUAAAUCUACCCACUAGCGUUCUGGACAGAAUCGUCUCCUACAUUCCGCUUAAAGUUCGUACCCUGAUGGUUGCACGUGUCUGUCGUGUUCUCCGGGACUGCGUUUAUCGCUCAAUUACUUCAGUUGCCUUCUAUAAAACUCAGCUAGACGAACUUAGUGAUACCCGAAUCAAGUAUUUCCUAAGUAUUCAUGGCAAGCAAAUUAACGCCAUUAACUUCGAUCUCUUCCGCUCCGUUGAGGACGAAGCCUGCACUCAAUGGAGCUGGCGUCAAUCUGUGAUAACUGCUGUCAAAAUGUGUAGCAAUCUCAGGGAACUGGAUAUUUUAGUUUGUAAACGUCACCGAUUGAGAGAUACGGAUUUGCUCACGAUUUUCCGCCAAUGCCCUCAACUGGAAACUCUUUGUAUCGACGCUCAGUAUUUAAGUGGACACUGCUUCCAGGUUGUUCCCAUGGGACUGAAACGAUUGGAACUGGAAAUGUGUCUAAGAAUGAACGAUGUAUCGAUGCGCUGCAUAUUCAAUCGUCUUAAAAAUCUUGAGGUACUUUACGUGUCAGAGCUGAAAAUUCUGAAGGAUCAGAUCGUUUCUUCACUGGUGAGCAACUUGAGGAAACUGAGAGAUCUUUCAAUAAUUGGGAAUCCCGAUACGCCUAAUCUAGACCUCUCGGCUUCUGCUUUAUGCCAUUUGACGCGUCUUCCUCUUCUCGAAAAUCUCUGUCUGGAGGGUUUGCCUGCUGUGACAGACCGUUUUCUUACGGAACUUGGUGAUACCACAAACAAUGCAGCGGCCAGAAAUAUUACAAGCCUAUCACUGGCGUUUUGCUACAACUUUAGCUCAGCUGGACUUCAGCGGCUAGCAAGAAUGCCAAAACUGGAUAGCUUGAAUCUUGACGGUAUUACCAAACGCGACAUUUCCUCGGGUCUUCUCAAGGUGGCCGAAGAGGGCCGACUAAUGAGGCUGCUGCUUGCUGAAGGAACCAAUGUGUCGUGCGAUGCGCUCAAGGAAAUCGUUCGUCUGUCGACUCAUCUCCGCCUCCUAGACAUAAGUAACAACGAUGUUCUGGCGGAUUGGGCUGCUGCUAAUGCUUUGGUUGCUCAAUGGGCUGCUUCGAAGCGCCCCUCUCUAACAAUUUUAACUAACAAUCAUAUGCCAUGGGCUAUGAUCAGGCUUCCAACGCCUUGUUCAAUUUGGACACCCCCACCUGUUAAUGUCUGCCAUCUACACAGGAGCCUCGUGGCAUCAACCGAAAUCAUCCCUGGAAGCGUGCUAUCCUACGACAAUUCGUCUCAACUCCCACAAGGAUUGUUACUGCCGCGUCUUCGUCGUGGUAAUAGGUAUCGCCUACUUUGCUCGCUGAGGCCUCCAUUGCAAGAAGAUUCCGACGAUCAGAAAGAGAACUCUUGCUCACCUCCUCAACGUUAUCAGCGUGGUAAAGGGAAAUCACCAAAAAGUCCAGGAAAUGUUUCCUCGAUCUCGCCCAUACCAUCGGUACCGGUAUCACCUCCUCUGUUCGCCAAUGUCCAGAACGCAUCACCAGUUGGCACAGGAGGCGUCAUGAGCCCUGAACUGGCUAGCUACUUCUCCAACUGUGCUCCUCUGGAUAUGUCACCAACGGCGCUGUCUGAAUUAUGUGCCGGAUCAUACCUUGCACCUGACUUUAACCAACUUAUGCCAUCAGACAUGUCUCUGGAAGCUAUGAUGAUGUGGCUGUCAGCAAAUCAAAUGUACGAUCCUUCAACGCUUUCGCUAACGGAUCCUAUGUCUAUUCUGACGACAGGAAGCGCAGGAGCACCACGUCCUCCCGUGGAAAUUCCUCAACAACCUCAUUUCAACUACACUCGUGGCUCACGCGCUAAACGUCGUUCAAAUCCACAAACGCAGCCAUCUCCGAAAUCUUCCACUCCAUCGAAGUUUUUCUCUCCCAAGUCUUCUACCCCUUCCAAGCCUUUCUCCCCGAAGUCUUACACCCCUUCCAAGUCUUUCUCACCGAAGCCAUCCACUCCACCAGUAUCUCUUUCUCAGAAGACUCCCCCUCAACCAGUAUCCUUCACAUCAGCGGAUUUUCCGCCAUUGAAGUAG